AUAAGUUUCCUGCGGCCACAAGGGAGAGCAAGGAACACAAGGACUAGUGGAUGUUCGCUUCCCACCUCCUGUCUCAGAGCCUCUGGCCACUGGGAGAUCCAGGGAAAGAACCUGGAGUCCCUGGGAAAGCAGAGAAUACCAGCGGACUCGAGAGAAGGCAAAGGGUUACAAGUGAGCAGACUGCGUCUGCACGCAACUGGAGCAGGGGGGCUUCCGGGGCUACAGGGGCUACAAAACGGCUGUGAUGCAAUCACGCAAGUCACCGCGUCAAAGCGUGGAUCCGGGGAUGUGCGCACCGCGGCCCCCUGCAUCCCGCUGCGGCUAAUCCUGCAGGCAGCCGCCGCCACCAAUUUGUCCCCACUCCACAGCAACCGCCCGGGGUCCCUCGCGAUCCCCUACCACCGCGGCAGUUCCUGAGAACUGCGGGGGCCAUGAAACCGGCGGGCGGCCGCGGCGGCUGGGGCUGGGGUGGCGGCAAGGGAGGCGGCAAGGGAGGUGACACGGGCUCAGGGACCAAAGGCGGCUUCGGGGCACGCACGCGCGGCUCCAGCGGCGGCGGUCGGGGCCGGGGACGCGGCGGCGGCGGGGGCGGUGGAGGCGGAGGCGGCGGCGACAGGCAGCGGCGCGGCGGUCCAGCCAAGAACAAGAACCGCCGCAAGAAGGGCAUCACCGUGUCGGUGGAGCCUCAUCGGCACGAGGGCGUGUUCAUCUACCGCGGCGCGGAGGAUGCUCUGGUCACGCUGAACAUGGUGCCUGGAGUCUCGGUGUACGGCGAGAAGCGCGUCACCGUGAUGGAGAACGGGGAGAAACAAGAGUACCGCACGUGGAAUCCUUUCCGCUCCAAAUUGGCGGCGGCCAUCCUGGGCGGCGUGGACCAGAUCCACAUCAAGCCCAAGUCCAAAGUGUUGUACCUGGGCGCCGCCUCCGGAACCACGGUCUCACACGUCUCCGACAUCAUCGGCCCCGACGGCCUGGUCUAUGCGGUUGAAUUCUCCCAUCGCGCCGGCCGCGAUCUAGUCAACGUGGCCAAGAAGCGCACCAACAUCAUCCCGGUACUGGAAGAUGCCCGGCACCCGCUCAAGUAUCGCAUGCUCAUAGGCAUGGUGGACGUGAUCUUCGCGGAUGUGGCCCAGCCGGAUCAGUCGCGCAUCGUGGCGCUUAACGCCCACACCUUUCUGCGCAACGGAGGCCACUUUCUCAUUUCCAUCAAGGCCAACUGCAUCGACUCCACAGCGUCUGCGGAGGCCGUGUUUGCUUCUGAGGUGAGGAAGCUGCAACAGGAGAACUUGAAGCCACAGGAGCAGCUGACUCUGGAGCCCUACGAAAGGGAUCAUGCAGUCGUCGUCGGGGUCUAUCGGCCCCCACCCAAGAGCAGCAGCAAGUAGCAGCAGCAGAAAUCAGGGAAAGUACUCCCGCGCUGCCACGAGACUGUGGCUUUGUGCCUCUCCUAUUGCGUUGUUUUUCUAUUUAAUAAAAUAAACAAUUCCCAAGUGUA